AUGGAAAGUUCAUUGGUCUUAUCAGGUGCUCUAGUGAAUUUUACUUACCGCGUUUUGCAAAUUAGGACAAGCAACUUUUCGCAGCUUCUCAGAAUAGGUGGAUUUGGAAGUGUGUAUAAAGGAAGCUUAGGAGAUGGUACCUCAGUGUGUAUAUUUGCACCUACCCUUCACUGCUAUUACCGCCAUUUCUGGUGGAUUCUCCUACCUUUACUACUCUUCCUCUCCCAGUCUGGUAGCUGCUAA